GCCGCUUCUCCAGUUAGUUAGUACGCGAUCGUUGUUCUCGUCGUGGUUCGCAGGAAAACAGUUCCUCACUCAUUCACUCAUCAUAUCAUAAAAUCUAACUACUUCACAGUUGAAAAUCGCCGCAGUUUUUUUUUAGUGAUAUUUCGAAUCCAAGCGAACGUUGAGUCGAAGAAUAAAGUUUCUUGUUCAUUGCCGUCAAAAAUGAAUGGUUUAAACGGACACAGCAAUGGUGACUUUAACGGUUGCGGAGAUAUAAUCACCCAAAAUCAACAAAGAGGUUGCUGGACGAUCGGUUUGAUCAACUCGAAAUACAGAUAUUUAACCGCCGAGACGUUCGGUUUUAAGAUCAACGCGAACGGGACGUCUUUAAAAAAGAAACAAAUCUGGACGUUAGAGCCCGAUCAAUCGACUGGAGGUGAAACUUGCAUUUACUUAAAAUCCCAUUUAGAUAAGUAUCUGGCCGUCGAUAGUUUCGGCAACGUAACUUGCGAGAGUGAGGAAAAAGAGCCGGGAUGUAAAUUCCAAAUUAGCGUUUCCGAGGAUGGAAAGGGUCGUUGGGCUUUCAGGAAUGUCGUUAGAGGUUACUUCUUGGGCUCAUGCAGCGAUAAGCUGACUUGUACCGCUAAAGUCCCUACAGACGCGGAGUUUUGGCACAUCCAUUUGGCAGCUAGGCCACAAGUUAAUUUACGUUCAGUUGGGAGGAAGAGAUUUGCGCAUUUAUCCGAAAAUUUGGACGAGAUUCAUGUCGAUGCGAAUAUCCCUUGGGGCGAAGACACUCUUUUUACAUUGGAAUUCCACGCCGAUGAAGACGGAAAAUAUGCUCUUCACACUUGCAAUAAUAAAUACUUAUCAAAUGGAGGAAAAUUGAUCGAGAAAUGUACCGAAGAUUGUUUAUUUUCCGCUGAGUACCACAGCGGACAAUUAGCAUUAAGAGAUCGUAACGGGCAAUAUUUGAGUCCAAUCGGUUCAAAGGCUGUGUUAAAAACUAGGUCCAACACCGUCACCAAAGACGAACUUUUCUCUCUUGAAGAUUCUUUGCCUCAAGCAAGCUUUGUGGCCGCUUUAAACGCUAGAUAUGUCUCAGUUAAACAAGGAGUUGAUGUAACUGCAAAUCAAGAUGAAAUAUCCGACCACGAAACAUUCCAAUUAGAAUUCGAUUGGACCACCAAAAGAUGGUACAUUCGUACCAUGCAAGAUAAAUAUUGGACUUUAGAAACGGGGGGAGGCAUUCAAGCUUCAGGAGAUAAAAGGUCUUCAAAUGCACUCUUUGAUUUGGUUUGGCAAAACGAUGGUUCUUUGGCUUUUCGAGCUAACAACGGUCGUUAUGUAAUCACUAAAAGGUCGGGACAUCUUUACGCAACAUCCGACGCCAUCGAUGAAACUUGCAAAUAUUAUUUCUAUUUAAUUAAUCGCCCGAUUCUCGUCCUCAAAUGCGAACAAGGAUUUGUUGGUUAUAAAUCUGGUGGCAACCCGAAAUUGGAGUGCAAUAAAGCUACUUAUGAGUGCAUACAAGUUGAAAGGGCUGAUAAAGGUGUUAUUCAUUUUAAAGGUCAAAAUGGGAAAUAUUGGCAUGUUGAUAGUGAAAGUGUUACUGCAGAUUCAGAUGCGCCAGAAAAUUUCUAUUUGGAACUUCGCGAACCAACACGCCUUUGCAUUAAGACUGCCAAUGGAAAUUACCUAACUGCCAGUAAAAAUGGCGUUUUUCGUCUUGGUGAUACAUCCAUCGAAAAUGCAACCCAAUGGGAAUAUUAAGAUACAAGAUUUUUUUAUUACUAUACAUCUUUUAUAUACAAGUGGAAUUUUGUACCAGAAUCGUGCGAAUUAAAACAGUUUGUUGAUCGAUAACUUGAUUAACCAAAUAUUAAAGAUUUGAAAGCAAGAAAGGAAAAUGUAACGUCGCAGCAUAUUUAUUGUAUUUUUAGAUUUAGCUAUAUCUAUAUUUUUUUAAUAUGUUAUUCAUACAGUAUAUCCCAAAUUUAAUAUUCCAAAUGAUGGUUAAAAAAGAAAACGUAAAUAAUAAUUAUGAUAAUAAUAAUAAGGCGUUGUGAAGAGAUCAAAUUUGGAAUGUACGGUAUUAUUAUACAUUUUUUGUAAUUAUAAGGUAUUUUUGUCUACUAUUAUUUUUAGGCGUAUUUUUUUUAAUAGUGGAAUGUUUCCUAAAUGUUUGUAAUGUUUACAAUUUUUUUUGUACCUUAGCCUUAAUGCUGUGUCGGUUGUAAGAGAUUCUCUUAUAUUAUAGGUGUACUUAUUAUUCAUUGUGAUUUUUUUUUAAUAAUCUCCCGCGAACUAAAUUCGUUCAAAAACAUAAAAAUCAUGUUUUCUUAUUUCCUCCUCCCCCAAUAAUGUAACAACUAUUCUUAUAAUAUACAUUAUGUAUUUAAAAAAAAAUAAAAUAAAAAGUACUGGAAUAUAUUGUAACAUUUGCAUGUCUUUUUUAUUUUAAUUAUCCAUUUUUUUUUAAUUUAUCAUUAAUCAUGCUAUUACAAUUUUAAGAAAACUGCCAACGUAAUACUGCCAAAACAAUCUGUACUAGAAAUCAGCUCAAAUUAGCUUAGGUACGGAACUGAAUAUUUUUUGUAAUCGAUAUACAUAUUAAUAAAUAACCGUAUUGUGUAAUAAAGUUGUCCCACAAGGAUGCAAUAAUAAUCUAAAACUUAUAAACUAAAAAGACUUAAUUUUAUUAAUCGCAUAAAAUAAUCUAAUCUUUAUAUUCGUAAAGUGAAACAUGUUUAAAAACGUCGAUGUAUGAUUGAACAAAAGGAAAUUAAUAAAGUGUGUCAAAAAUU